UUUGUUUCAGAGUGAAAGCCUUGUUCCCGCCAAAAAUAAUACUUCAGUUUGUUUCUACAUACCUUAUUUUAGAUAUUGUUAAUAUAAAAUUUGAUCAUAAUGGAUGUUGCUGAUAUUAAUAUUGGUCAAAGACAGCAUCGUGAUGAAAUUGGAAUUCGAUGUCAAAAGUUGUUUCAAGACUUUUUAGAGGAGUACAAAGAGGAAGGCGAAUUGAAAUAUCUUGAGCCUGCAGUAGAACUUCAAAGCGAGGAACGGAGUACUAUUGAAAUUAGCUUCGAAGAUAUAGAAAAAUAUAACCAAAAUCUUGCCACCACCAUCAUUGAAGAAUAUUUCAGAAUCUACCCAUAUCUUUGUCAAGCAGUCUCCAAUUUUGUCAAAGAUAGAGCUGGUCUCAAACAUGAAAAGGAAUGUUAUAUUAGUCUUAUGGAUGUACCCACAAGACAUAAAGUUAGAGAACUUAAAACUGAUAAAAUAGGUACUUUAGUAAGGAUAUCUGGUCAGGUUAUUAGAACACAUCCUGUCCACCCUGAAUUAAUUUCUGGAACUUUUAGCUGUGUUGAAUGCCAGACUGUAAUUAAAAAUGUGGAACAGCAAUUUAAGUUUACAAAUCCAACAAUUUGUAGAAAUCCUGUAUGCAGCAACCGUAGGAAGUUUUUGUUGAAUGUUGAUAAGUCUAGAUUUGUAGAUUUUCAGAAAGUUAGGAUUCAGGAAACACAAGCUGAGUUACCAAGAGGUUGUGUACCAAGAAGCGUAGAAGUUAUCCUUCGUGCAGAAAAUGUAGAAACAGUUCAGGCUGGCGAUCGGUAUGACUUCACUGGAACACUAAUUGUAGUACCUGAUGUUGGAGCUUUUGCUCUCCCUGGAGGACAAACUCAAGCAGGUUCCAAAAGUAGAAGGCCUGAAGAAUCUGAAGGAGUUAGGGGACUCAAAGCACUUGGGGUGCGUGAUCUACAUUAUCGCAUGGCAUUUUUAGCUUGCAGUGUUCAACCAACUAUUCCCAAAUUUGGAGGAAUUGACAUGCCACUGGGAGAAAUUACUCCAGAAAUAAUGAAGCAACAGAUGACAGAAGGAGAAUGGGCUCAUAUGUAUGAAAUGUCUCAUGACAAAAACUUAUAUGUCAAUAUGAUUAACAGUCUAUUUCCAAGUAUACAUGGCAAUGAGGAAGUCAAGAAAGGGAUUUUGUUGAUGUUGUUUGGAGGAGUAUCAAAAACUACUAUAGAAGGUACUUCUUUAAGAGGAGAUAUCAACUGUUGCAUAGUGGGUGAUCCAAGCACAGCAAAGAGUCAGUUCCUGAAACAAGUCUCUGAAUUCUCUCCUAGAGCAGUAUACACCUCAGGCAAAGCUUCCACUGCAGCAGGUUUAACAGCAGCUGUAGUAAAAGAUGAAGAAUCCUCAGAUUUUGUAAUAGAAGCUGGAGCCCUUAUGUUGGCAGAUAAUGGAGUUUGUUGUAUAGACGAAUUUGACAAAAUGGAUUUAAGAGAUCAGGUUGCUAUUCACGAAGCUAUGGAACAGCAGACGAUUUCUAUAGCCAAGGCAGGUGUUAGAGCAACACUUAAUGCAAGAACUUCAAUAUUGGCGGCAGCUAAUCCGGUGGGAGGACGUUAUGAUCGUGCAAAAUCAUUACAACAAAACAUAAACUUGUCAGCUCCUAUUAUGUCUAGGUUUGACUUGUUCUUUAUUCUUGUCGAUGAAUGCAAUGAAGUUAUAGAUUAUGCUAUUGCUAGAAAGAUUGUUGAUUUACAUUGUAACAUAGAAGAAAGUGUUGAAAGAGUAUACACUAAACAAGAAGUUUUGCAGUACAUAAGUUUUGCCAGGAAAUUUAAACCCAUUAUUAACAAAGAAGCUGGAGAUUUGCUAGUUCAUUAUUAUAAUCGUUUAAGACUAAGAGAUAGUUCAAGUACUGGUAAAUCCACAUGGCGUAUCACUGUAAGGCAACUGGAAAGUAUGAUUCGACUUUCAGAAGCUAUGGCAAGAAUGGAUAUUUCAGAUGAAGUUCAAACAAAACAUGUUCGUGAGGCAUACAGAUUAUUAAACAAAUCUAUCAUAAGAGUUGAACAGCCAGACAUUCAACUUGGAGAUGAAAAAGAUGAUGCCAUACCAGAAGCUGAAAAUGGCGAAUCAAUGGUUACAGACACUCCUGAACCUACACCAACUGUAACUAAAAAGAAGAUGGUUUUAAGCUUUGAAGAAUACAAAACUAUCAGUAAUAUGAUCGUCAUUCACAUGAGAAGGGAAGAAAGUAGAAUGGAAGCAGAGGGCAAAGAAGGCAUUCAUAGAAGUGAUGUGGUUGAGUGGUAUUUAAACCAAGUAGCAGAUCAGAUUGAAAAUGAAGAAGAACUUAUUGAAAAGAAAGAUAUGUUUGAGAAAGUUUUGGAUCGUCUAAUGUAUAUUGAUCAAAUUAUCAUUCCUCUAAAUCGCAUUGGACUCAAAGGAUCAGAUCAACAAGAAGAAGAAGAUCCCAUGUUGGUAGUCCAUCCAAAUUAUGUUAUCGAUCAGUAGUUAAUUUUAAUGUUAAGUUUUAAAAAUCUUUUAUAUUUGCUAUAGUUCGUAAGAAUAUUUUACAUUGCAAGUACAAGGGGUACAUACUGAGUUGUGUUAAAAAUCACAAUAAAAAGCAUUCCUUUGAUGUUAGUUAUUGGCAGGUUAAGUUUUUAUUGCAGACUCAAUAUUAAAUAUUUAUUUUUCUGUUUAGAGCGGCAAAUUCCACAAAAUAUCUGUUUUUUAUAUUUUUACAUUCCCUUAACCUGUUUUCCCGAAAAACAAGAUGUGUAUGUUUUAUACAUUUUUCACAGCUUAUAUUUUUUAGAAAUCUAUAGCGAUUUGUUGUCAUUAAACAAGUGCUAAAUCCCCUGCUACACGCAGCCAUUGCCAACUAUCUACAAGUUUGUAUCGAAUUAGUAUAGAAUGUUGGUCUAUUAACAUUAAAUCCACUAAAGUUGAAUAUCAAAUGCAAUCCAUGAUCUGCUGUGAGACACAGAUGGAGGAGGAAGAAUUCUUAUAUAAAUACCCUCCAAUUAUCAGUUUGCUUGUUUCUUGCU